CUAAUCAAGUCACUGAUUUUUGCGACAUUUCCGGUGUCUGCUGUGUCGUUUUGCUGUACGGCAGCUGUGACAGACCAGAAGUCCUGCUCUGUGGAGUUAUGUAGAAAGUCAGCUGAUGUUUUCAACCUGAAGACAAACAAGAACACGACAUGACCUGAGAUACGACAACUUUGACGCUUGUCGUAUCCACCAAGCUGAAGGAUAUGACCGUAACCACGAUGCGAGAAACAAUAAUACAUGUUCAAUAGUUGUUGUUCUCGGCGCUAGCUACCUAGCUAAGCUAAGCUAAGCUAAGCUAGCAGAGCCAGUCUGUCAGCUCUCACUCUGCAGGAAAGCAACAUGUUCUGAACCAAGUACCGAUGUGAUAUACUAAACAACAACUCAACCUGAGCACCCUGGGUGUUUUUAAGACGCUGACUCGCUGCUGGGCUGCUGUUAUUUAAACCCACAAUGUGGCUCCAGCAGAGACUAAAGGGGCUGCCAGGUUUGUUGUCGAGCAGCUGGGCGAGGAGACUCCUCAUCGGACUGCUGCUCUUCAUCAUCUUCUACUGGUACCUGGGAGCGGAGCGCAGAUGGAGGCUGUUCAGCGGCUCGGCCAUGCCCGGUGGAGCCGCGGGACAGUGUCUGCUGGCGGAGAUCCACAGGUGGAAGUCUCUGGUGGAGCGAGGAGAGGGGAUCUACAGCACACCUCAGGAGCAACUAGACACACCGUUUGUGUCAGGUAACGGACAUAUUCUCAUUGACAUUGACUCCAACAAGCUGUGGGUGGCGUCGUCCUCGCAGCCCGGCUCGGCUCCGGUCCACCAGACCGAGUACUCCCCGAGAGUGGGCGUCCAUCUGGAGGGGAAGCGUGCCGAGGUCCAGGCCACCAUGCUGUGGUUCCGGAAAGGAGCCGUGCUGUCGGUCCGCUGCGCUUCACCGUCCGCCCUGCAGUCAUCCCGGGACUGUGUCACCAUCAGAGAGGAGUUCAUCGCACACAGGAGCAGACCUAACGCCUAUCUGCAGAGGAUCCACAUCAACAACCCGUCCGACAAGGCCGUCUCCUUGGACGUGUCCUAUGACAACCCCUCCUUUGGGAGCAAGUUCUCCACCAGCGUGGAGAAGCUGGAGGACAGAGAGGUAAUGCUCUCCUCCGGCAGAGUGCCUGUGGAGAACAACAGGAUGGUGCUGGUGGUGGUGGUCACCAAGAAGCUGAGCAGCAGGAUUCAGGUCCCAGCUAAAGUAGAGUACAAAGACAACAUCCUGUCAGUGGUGUGGACCUCAGAGCCCAUCGAGCCCUCCAGGCUGGAGGAAACCUUCCGCACCCUCAGAGAUGGAGCCAAAAAGGAGCUGGGGGAGCUGCUGAGGGCCGAUGUGGAGGAGCUGGUUGUAGAUCACCAGCAGGCCUGGAUGGACAUCUUCAUUUCAGGUGUUGAAAUGAGGAAAAUCACAGACUCCCACACACCAUCGAGCCGCACAGUGAACACCACGCUCUACUACAUCCUGUCCUCCUCCACGGCUCCCCUGCUGGAUCGAAGGCUGAGUGGCGAGGAGCGCGUUCGCCUCGAGUCCAGCCUCAACUACGCCGACCACUGCUUCAGCGGCCACGCCACCAUGCAUGCAGAAAACCUGUGGCCCGAGCGGGUGAGCAGUGCAGCUCAGAUCCUGCAGCUGGUCACGCUGUGGACUCUGACUCUGCAGAAGAGAGGCUGCAAGGUGCUGGUGGCGGCCGGAGCCCACGGUACCAUGCAGGGCAUGGUGCUCAGCUUCGGCGGCCUUCAGUUCACAGAGAACCACCUUCAGUUCCAGGCAGAUCCCGACGUGCUGCACAACAGCUACGCCCUGAGAGGGAUCCACUACAACCAGGACCUCAUUAACCUGGCAGUGCUGCUGGACGUGGAGGGGAAGCCUUUUCUUCACGUGUCAGUGAAGCAGCAAGAGAAACCGGUGAAGCUGUACGCCUGCGAGGCCGGCUGCCUCAACGAGCCCGUGGAGCUGACGUCAGAGAUCAAAGGUCACACCUUCCCCGUGAUGGUGACGCAGCCCAUCACGCCGCUCCUGUACAUCUCCACAGACCUGCGCCACCUGCAGGAUCUCCGCCAUACCCUGCACCUCAAGGCCAUCCUGGCCCACGAGGAGCACAUGGCCAACAGGUACCCAGGCCUGCCCUUCCUCUUCUGGUUCAGUGUGGCCUCGCUCAUAACACUCUUCCACCUUUUCCUCUUCAAGCUCAUAUACAACGAGUACUGUGGCCCCGGCGCUAAGCCCCUCUUCAGAAGCAAGGUCGCCCACAAAAGUGAGGAUGACUGCUGUGACACCAGGAAUGCUGCUUGAACGCUACAAUACUAUGCACACAUUCAACAUGUGGUAGUGGUUCUGCUUGACCUUUUGGCAGCAUGUAAGAUAUUAACAUGGGUGUGCUGGUGCUGAAUAACAUCUACUUCUUCUUUUGUUUUGAUGUUUAUUGAUAGUGCAAGAUAAGUGAUCAACAGGAAGACACCGAUGAGACAUGACAAGACAAGAUAGAGAAACAACAACCAAAAAAACUAAACGGAUAUUUUAUCCUGGAUGACAGCGAUACCACCCACAGAUCUGCUGAGAGAGGAUGUAUGCAGGUUAAAACUGGUCGUCUAUGUCACUUUAAGACUAAAUAGGGCUGUAACUAACGAUUAUUGUCACUAUUGAUUAAUCUGCUCAUUAUUUGAUUGCCUAUAAAAUGUUAGAAAGUCAUCAAAAAUGCACACAUAUUUAAGUUUACAUAUUUAAAUGUCUUGUUUUGUCCGACCAACAGAAGAUAUUCAGUUCAUGCAAGACUAAAAAAACAGUGAAAACUUUGCAUUUUUGCUUAAAAAAUAAUAAUAAAAAAAAAGAUUUAAAAUUAAAAUAAUUAUAAAAAAAAUUGCAAAUUAAAUUUCUGUAAUGAUUGAACAGCAUUUUAAGGAAGCAUUUAAACAGCAAGACUAUUUCAACAUGUGGCAGAAUUCCCUAUUAAACACUGAUCUCACUGGAAACUAGAAA